AUGGGCCUGGAGUGGGUCACCCAGUUCUCCUGUUGCUCAGCCACCGAACUGCUCUGCCAGCUAAGCCAAGCUGACCAGUUUGUGUGCACAACCUCAUCCAUCGCCGACAUCGUCAUCCUGGUGGACGGCUCCUGGAGCAUCGGCAGACUCAACUUCCGGCUGGUCAGGAAUUUCCUGGAGAGCUUAGUGACUGCCUUUGACGUGGACAUCAACAAGACACGGAUAGGCUUGGCUCAGUACAGUGGAGACCCCCGUAUCGAGUGGCACCUCAAUGCCUUCCCAACCAAAGACGCCGUGAUGGACGCUGUGAAGACCCUUCCCUACAAAGGAGGCAACACCCUCACAGGUCUGGCCCUCACCUACAUCCAGGAGCACAGCUUCAAGACGGAGUCGGGAGCCAGAAGCGGCGUUCCCAAAAUUGGCAUCCUUAUCACCGACGGCAAAUCCCAGGAUGAUGUCAUUCCUCCGGCCCAGAGCCUCCGGGACGCGGGCAUUGAGCUCUUCGCCAUCGGUGUGAAGAACGCCGACGAGAACGAGCUGCAGUCCAUCGCCUCCCCGCCCAUCGACACACACAUGUACAACGUGGCCGACUUCAACAUCAUGAGCUCCAUCGUGGAGGGCCUCACCCGCAUCGUGUGUGAGCGCGUCCAGGAACAGGACAAGGAGAUCAAACGGGACUAUGUGCCCCCAGAGCCGCAGGGUCCUCCCCAGCGCCUGGUCACCUCCGAGGUGGGCGCGCGCAGCUUCCGCGUGUCCUGGUCCCCGGCGCCGGGCAGCGUGCAGAAGUACCGCGUGGUCUACCACGCCACCAGCAGCCCGGCCAGCAUCCAGGAGACUGUUGUGGAUGGCAGCGAGAGUUCCGUGCUGCUGACCAACCUUCACGCUCUGACGGAGUACGCCAUCGCCGUGUUCUCCGUCUACGCCAGCGCCAGCAGCGAGGCCCUCCGCGGGAGCCAGACCACCCUGGCCUUACCCAAGGUGGCCGAGAUGAAUCUGGACGACGUGACCCACAGCAGCAUGCGUGUGCACUGGAGGAGCGUGGAGGGGGCCUCUGGCUACAUGAUCCUGUACACAUCACCCACCCUGGAGGAUGCGGAUAAGACGGAGAUACGAGUGCCAGAGUCGGUAACAGACAUCCAGCUGACAGCCCUGAGCCCAGACACGGAGUACAUGGUGAACGUGUACGCCCUGUUCGGAGACGACACCAGCGACCCGAGGACCGGCCAAGAGACCACACUGCCCCUGUCGCCUCCGCGCAACCUGCAGAUCCUCGACGUGAAGCACAGCUCCGCCAGGCUAAGCUGGGGCCCGGGAGCCAAAGACGUCCAGGGCUACCGCGUCGGAUAUGUCGUUACCGGAGGAAUCCAAACAAAUGAGGUGGAGGCCGGACCGGUCACUUCCCUGGUGCUGAAGGACCUGGCUUCCCUGACGGAGUACACGGUCGCUGUCUUCGCCAUCUAUGACGCGGGCCAAUCAGAAGCGCUGAGCGGGAGCUUCGUGACCUUGGAAGUGCCUGAGCCGCUGGACACGCUGACCAGCGACGUGAGCUCGGACAGCUUCCGCGUCAGCUGGACUCAUCCCGCGCAGGACGUGCUGCUCUACAAACUCGCCUGGGUCCCGCUCGACGGAGGAGACAGCAUGGAGGUGGUGGUGCCCGGCGACCAGGACUCGUACGUGCUGACGGGGCUGGAGGCGCGGACGGAGUACGAGGUGUUCCUCUCGGCCUCCUACAGCGGCGACGUGGAGAGCGAGGCCGUCGCCCUCCUGGAGACCACACUGGAUAGAUCUACAGUUGCCUCGCCAACAGAAGAGCCUCGCUUCGGUCUGAGCGAUAUCAGAGUGGACGAGGAGACGGCGUCCAGCCUGCGGGUGAGCUGGGAGAUCGAGGACGCGAACGUGGAGCAGUUCAAGGUGUCCUACAGGAGCCAGAGAGGAAGUCGAAACGAAGAGGUGGCGCUGGUUCCAGGCUCCCAGAUGAGUGUGACUCUGCAGCCUCUCCUCUCUGACACGGAAUACAGCGUGACCGUCAUCCCUGUCUACACGGAUGGAGAACACAGUGACCUCUCCCUCUCAUCCAGAGGAAAGACCUUGCCCCUGGGCGCCCCCGGGAACCUCAGAGUGUCCGAGGAGUCGUACGACCGCCUCCGCAUCACCUGGGACCCGGCGCCCUUCCCCACGCAAGGCUACAAGAUCUUCUACCAGCCCAGCUCAGCGCCCACUAUGGCGUCGGUGGGUGACGGGGAGACCACGCGGCUGCUGUACAAUCUCCAGACGGACACCGAGUACGCCAUCGAGGUGGUGGCCAUGUACUCCAACGGCCAGAGUGAGCCCCUACAGGGCACCGGCAGGACAUUGCGUCUGGCUGUGAAGAGCCUGAGCACGUACCAGGUGCGCAGCUCCAGCAUGUGUGUCCAGUGGCAGCCCCUUGCCCAGGCCUCCCUCUACAGAAUCUCCAUCGAGUCGCCACUCAACGGGCACCGGCAGCAGGAGAGCGUGGCGGGGAGCGCCUCUCGCCACUGCUUCCACGACCUGCUCCCCAACACCCAGUACCAGAUCAGCCACCACAGCCAGCUGCAGGGCCUGGAGGGGCCCGCGGUCACCACCACCGACACCACACUUCCUGCUCCCACGCAGCCUCCGACCACACCUCCCACGACCACCCCACCACCCACCAUCCCUCCAGCCAAAGAAGUGUGUAAAGCUGCCAAAGCAGACCUUGUCUUCCUCGUGGAUGGCUCGUGGAGUAUUGGAGACGACAACUUCCAGAAGAUCAUCCGUUUCCUCUACAGCACAGUCGGAUCUCUGGAUGUGAUUGGUUUAGAAGGAACACAGGUUGCCAUAGCGCAGUUCAGUGACGACGCCAGAACUGAGUUCAAGCUCAACUCCCACAGUGACAAACAGUCUCUGCUGGACGCCAUUCAGCGCAUUUCCUAUAAGGGAGGAAACACAAAAACAGGUCGGGCCAUGAAGCACGUGAAGGAGUCCAUCUUCACCGAGGAGGGCGGCCUCAGGAGGGGAGUACCCAAAGUGCUGGUCGUACUCACGGAUGGACGAUCCCAGGACGAUGUCAACAAAGUCUCCAAGGAGAUGCAGAUAGACGGCUACAUCAUCUUUGCCAUUGGUUUUGCCGACGCCGAUUAUGGCGAGCUGGUCAACAUGGCCAGCAAGCCCAGCGAGAGGCACGUGUUCUUCGUGGACGACGUGGACGCCGUGAAGAAGAUCGAGGAGCAGCUAAUUACCUUUGUGUGCGAGGCCGCGACUGCUACCUGUCCAUCCCUGCUGAUGAGUGGGAACACGUUGGCAGGGUUCCGCAUGAUGGAGAUGUUCGGCCUGGUGGAGAAGAGCUACAGCAGUGUGCAGGGCGUUUCCAUGGAGCCGGGAACGUUCAACAGCUUCCCCUGCUACCGCUUGCACAAAAACGCACUGAUCUCCCAGCCAACCAGAUACCUCCACCCUGAAGGCCUUCCGUCGGACUACACCCUCACCAUGCUGUUCCGCCUGCUGUCUGACACCCCGCAGGAGCCCUUUGCAUUGUGGGAGAUUCUCGACAGCGACAGUGAACCCUUGGUGGGCGUGAUCCUGGACAACGGUGGGAAAACACUGACCUUCUUCAAUCACGACUACAAGGGAGACUUCCAGGCGGUGACCUUCGACGGGCCUGACAUUAAAAAGAUCUUCCAUGGGAGUUUCCACAAGCUACACAUGGCCAUCAGCAAGACUGCAGCCAAGGUGGUGGUAGACUGCAAAAUGGCCGGGGAGAAGCCCAUCAACGCUGCUGGCAACAUCACCACAGACGGCGUGGAGAUGCUGGGUCGCAUGGUGCGCUCCCGUGAGCGACGGGACGACUCCGCACCGUUCCAGCUCCAGAUGUUUGAUAUUGUAUGCAGUACAUCUUGGUCCAGCCGAGACAAGUGCUGUGAGCUUCCAGGCCUGAGGAAAGAGGAAGACUGCCCUGCAAUGCCCCAUGCCUGCACAUGCUCCCAGGACAGCAAGGGCCCCCCUGGUCCAUCAGGUCCACCGGGUGGUCCCGGUAUCAGAGGUAUGCGAGGUAGUCAAGGAGAGCCUGGCAGCACGGGAUCUCAAGGGCCAGCAGGAGAGAUGGGUCCCCCUGGCCCACAGGGACCCCCCGGCCCCCAGGGGCCAAGUGGAAUGUCCAUUCAGGGAGCUCCGGGAGCAGCCGGAGAAAGAGGAGAGAAAGGAGAAAUGGGCCCAGCAGGACCACAGGGUGUCCCUGGUUCACCUGGAUCUUCCGGACGCGACGGCCCACCUGGACAGAGGGGUCUCCCAGGAAAGGACGGACCGCAGGGCAGACAGGGUGCAGGUGGACCUAUCGGCACCCCAGGAGCGCCGGGAGCACCGGGGUCUAACGGCCCCCCAGGGCCCAUGGGAGAUCCUGGAACAGCUGGACCUGCCGGUGUUAAAGGUGAACGAGGGGAACGGGGGGAUCUGCAGUCGCAAGCUGCGGUGCGCGCCAUUGCUCGACAAGUGUGUGAGCAGCUGAUCCAAAGUCAUCUGUCUCGGUACAACUCCAUCCUGAACCAGAUCCCGAGCCAGAGCGUGUCCGUGCGCACGGUGCCCGGGCCUCCCGGAGAGGCCGGCCGCCCGGGGCCACGCGGCCCGCAAGGGGAGCAGGGCCACGCCGGGAGACCCGGAUUUCCCGGGAGCAACGGACAGAGCGGCCGGCCAGGAGAGCGAGGUUUACCUGGAGAGAAAGGAGAGAGGGGAAUCACAGGCGUGGGAACGCAGGGUCCUCGAGGUCCGCCUGGCCCUCCAGGACUUCCGGGAGAGGGUCGCACUGGCAGCCAAGGCCCCGCUGGCAGGCCCGGCACCCCGGGCAGUCAAGGACGCCCAGGAACCCCAGGGAGCACCGGCCCGUCCGGCCCAGCAGGAUACUGCGACCAGAGCGCCUGCAUGGGCUACAACGGCAGAGUGCAACAGUUGUCCCCCAACGCUUACCAAACCUACGGUGGUCAAGCUCCAGGCCAGUACCAGAACCCUGCUCCAAAUCCCUACCAGAACUACGGGGUCCCAGCUCCCAAUAACAAUUACGGCCAAGGGGAGGAGGAAGAUGAGGAGGAGGAGGAAGAGGACCCUUACGCCGGUUACCGCGCCUACCCGCCUCAGUACCAUCAGCCUAAUAACUACCCCGGCGCUCACCCCGGCAUGCCGCACGGCAGGUCACCACGAUCGGCCAGCGGUGCAGACGAAGAGCGUGCUGGCGACCGAGCGCUGGACAAACGAGAGUGAAAAGCCCAUGAACCACCAACUGCCCUGAGGAGCCUCACGUCCAUGCCCUGUGGAACCCUGAAAGUGCCUGUUAUAUGCAUCCUUUUUUUAAAAAAGAAAUCCUUUGUUGUUGUUGUUGUUGUUGCUAAUGAAAGAUGGGGCAGAGCGGACUCGUUGACCUGGAGACAUAAAGGGGUGGGGAAAAUACCUCCAUUCUUUUUUUUAAUCUAACGGUUGCAUGUAGCCAGGGAAAGCUUAGAAGGCAUCGUCACUCUUAGUCUUGUGUUGUCACGUUACUUUUGUAAAUUACAAGAUGGAUGGCUGUUUCUUUUAAGUUUGUUGUGUUCUUUGGCAAAGACAUGGAUGGGAUUUCAGCUCUCCCACGGUUGUAAAAUUGCGCAAUGUUUACAAGUGAAUAUUUUAGCCAUCUCUUUGGUUCGUGCAUUAGUGUAAGAAAAGUUACCUCCGGUGACUUUUCUUUUUCUUUUUUUUUUUCCCUGUGCCGUUGUGGCGAUUGAGUUUCUUGUAGCUAAGGAUGACUUUUCCAAAAAGAAAAUGAACUGUGUCAAAUCAUGUGCUUCAACAGCAUCCCACCGCACACUCAUGUGGUACCAUAACUCAUAGUGUCCCAAGUAUUAUCAAUGACACAUCUUUCAUGUGAGAAUGUAGUAUUGUAGGGGGUUAGUGUCAUGUAGUGUCAUGUUGCCCAUUUUUGUGUUAGUUCCUGGCAGGUGUGCUCAUCCUAAUGGGUCUCCGGUGUCGGCGUCAGGUGAGUUGAGCACCUGUAUGUGUGUGUGUGUGUGUGUGUGCACUCCUGGCGAAGGGCCAUGUUCUCUGUAGGAGAGUGUGUGGAUAGUUAGGCCUGUGGUCUAGAACCCUCUCCAAGGGAAAGCUGCAGCAGAGCAGGUGCCAAUGGAGUCUAACCACCGAUCCUUUGAAAAAAAAAAAAGUAAUUUAUUUUUACUUUUGUGAUUUGUUUUUGUAACCAAUAAAACUGUAAUACAA